AUGACGACGAGUCUCAACAAGUGUCUAAAGCUUCACAAGCUCUUUGUGGCUGAGGUGACGCGUAGCUCUCGACUCGAGUCAGAAGGGUCUCAAGUACUUUCGUCACUCGCAAAUGUUAGUCAACGGAUACCAAGGUUGUUGCAAUAUAGCAAUACUAACCACCAUGACAAUGAGACCUCCAAUGACAAUGUGGAGAUGAUGGGCGUGUUAAGUUACUGCAACAACACCCAAGCGUUGUUGCUUCAGAAACACUUUUUAUCGUUGGAAAAGAGCCGAACGUUCUUGAUUGAUAUCAUGCGCGAGUACCAAGAGGUCUUACGUCAUCUUCGAUCGUUUGCAAGCGAGUGUAUGACACUUGUGGAUCAUGCAUUCAUUGAAAGUGAAAGUACAGUCAAUGGUGACGAUGAAAUGACAAGUGUGACGUUUCCACUGCAAUUGCAAGAAUGGAUGGAGACGGUGGUGGCAAUGUUUGAGCAUGAAGUGAUACGGAAAAUAACACUUGUGACGGAUUUGGAGUACAGUGAUUCAAAAAGGUUGAAUGAUGUCCAGAAGCAGUGGAGUUCCAAGGGAGUUAUGGGUAACAUCGACAAUGAUUAUGUGCAAACAGGUCUACGAAUGCCACAAGCAAGGAGUUCCAAUGCUUUGCAGUCUGGUGGUUUGGAAUCAUCAGACGCUUCCAAGAGCAAGAAGAAGAAGAAAAAGAAGAGCAAGGCUAGAAAAUGA